AUGGGGCUGCUGGCGUUGCAGCGGCUCAUGUCCCUACAGUGUGACCGGCAGCGGCGUCAACGGCGAACCCGAGCCCUGAAUGGAUCGAUUGAUUCAUCAAUGGAUAUAAGAAAGGGCUCACCCUGUCAACAAGAUGCUCAUGGUGAUUCUCACGCCGCCAAAAGAAUGAUGUGUUCAAUCCCAACCCUUCCCGAGGACAUUUUGCACCAUAUAUAUUCCCUGUUGCCACUGCGUGAUGCUGCCCGUGCUGCUUGCUCGUCUCAUGCCUUUCUACGUUUCUGGAGAUGUCAUCCCAAUCUAACUUUAAACUGGCAUAUCCUUGGCUUAAAUGCAAAUGCAUCUCAAGAGAAUUUCAGCUGCAUAAUUGACAACAUCCUGAGGAACCACUCAGGCAUCAACAUUAAGAUACUCAAGCUUCAGUUAUAUGGCAUUUAUGAUGCCAACCAGUAUCUGGACAGUUGGCUUCAGGUUGCUGUUAAACCUGGGAUUGAACAACUCACCAUUGAGCUAUGUUAUAGAGUUGACAUGAAGCAUAAUGUCCCAUGCACACUUUUAACUGAUGGUGUCCAAAACUCAAUCCGGUAUCUUCAACUUUCCUGCUGCGCCUUCCAUCCCACACCUGAACUUGGCCCCUUCAGAAACCUAAAAAGUCUGCUCCUGCGUUCUGUGCAUAUUUUGGAUAAUGAGUUAGAGUGCUUUCUUUCCAACUCCCAUGCUUUGGAGAAGUUAGACCUCAAUGCUUGUGAGAAGAUAACGUGCCUGAAGAUACCUAGCAUCCUGCUGCAGCUCCAUAGCCUGAAGGUUUCUCGUUGCCUGAAGCUGCGAGUGAUACAGAGCAAAGCUCGAAAUCUCUCCUGUUUUAUCCUUCAAGGACAGAGUGUAAAAGUCUCACUUGGAGAAACACUGCAAAUGAAGAACCUGUGCAUGGGCCGUUCCAACCUCGUCUGUUAUGCCCGUGUUAAAUUGUUAUCCAGUAUGCCAAACCUCAAGACUCUUUCCAUCAGCUCACAUUAUGAGGUAGCUGAGGAAAGUAUGCAGCAUGAAUCAAUUUUCGGAGGCGGCUCUUUGCAGUUGAGGCAGAUGCCUGAGCAGCACCAUGGCCGCCUUAAGACUGAACGCAAAGUCACUUGGCCGGCUCACACUGGAUACCACUUAUGGUGA